AUGUUAGGUGUUGUUGUUGGUGUUGAGAACGUGGAAAGGCUGCUGAACCGAGCUCUAACACCGAAGGAUAUGGCAUUCAUGGACACCUUCUACUUUACCAACACGGAGGAUAAUGUCCUUGAGUACAAUAUCAGAUACCCUUCUGACCAGUGUUGCUAUCGUCUUGUUAUCUUUGACGAAAGCUAUGGGCAGUGGGGAGGCAUACGACCGAAUGAAGAUAGACUGACCUGUCGGGAUAAGAUAGAUCGUGUAUAUAACCCGGACUACAGAAUCAUACUGACUGAUCUUGAUCCGGUUUGUCACGUGAAGACCGAUGCUGCUGGCUUUAAAUGGCUGGUUUGUCAUGGUCGCUUCAACUUCGCAUCCCGACAGCGCCCACAGUCUUACUUCGUUCAUCUUACUAACUGCCGAAGCAACCGAAAAGGACUAAGGAACGUCACGUAUUCACUUCAUAUGACUAAUGGAAACAACGGUCUCAUGAAAGAAUUUGCCGAGAAUCAGAAGUCUGAGAUUUUCUCGUGCCUGUCUACGAUUCUCUUUGUGUCUGUUCUGCUGCUUGUAUCGAAGGGGUUCACAAUCACCCGAGCUCAGGUGAGUCUUUUUGGAACAUUGAAGAUGAUAGUGUUUGGUUUGGUAUACGGAGCAUCCUACACUGUAGUCUUCUUUGAUCAACGAGUGCUGCUUGACCCCCAAGACAUCAUCGCUAGUGUGACGUCAAUGUCUGCAGGUGGCUUGAUCGGUAUUAAGUUCGGCGGCUGCAUUGUGUUCGUGUACGGAUGCUUCUUUACGAUUAAGAACUACCCGAAAAAGGCGCUCUUCUAUUUACCAUUCACUUUAUUCUUUAGUGUUUGGUUUAUGACUGAGCCCACCUAUCGACUGCUGUCCAUCUACGUCUACCCAGUUCUGCAAAGUCCGAAUAUCUGGAACGGAAUCGACCUGGUGUUGUCUUUUGCUGGACACGCCUAUUUCUUGUGCAUAACGCGACCUGACCUUCUUAAUAAACGGUUCCCUUUCCAUCUACAAGCAGGCAAGAUUUCGUUCCGGGAUAUCGAUGAUGACGUGGAGAAUAUCUACCAGGCCUCUCCUGAUUACUCGGUCUUCCAGACUGGAAAGAAUCCUACUGGAACUGGCACGACUUUGAGCAUUCACGAUGCACCUGACACGGCUUUGACCAUUCACGAUGCACCUGACACGGCUUUGACCAUUCACGAUGCACCUGAUACGGCUUUGAGCAUUCCCGGUGCACCUGACACGACUUUGAGCAUUCACAAUGAACCUGAGCACUUCUUUACUCCGGUGAUCUAA